AUGGGUCCCAUUCCAAUUGAAAAACUUGCCACAAAAGCCAACAACAUGAUUAUGCACAAAGCCAAAGCCCACCCAACACGGUGCACCUCGCUGAACCCGCGUGGCAAAACGGUGUUCCUCGAGGAAGAUCCGAAAUGGUUCCAGACGGUUCUCAAGGACUCGCCAUACCUGAAGGCCCACACGGUCAAGUACCGAACCCAGCUUUCCCAGGCCGACCAUCUCCUCUCCUCGUACCUCUCCGAACGCCUCUGCUCGCCGUCCGAUGCGUACCUACGUGGCAACACGCGGUGUCGUUUGGCGCUCGAGAAUCUUCCCGACGAGGUGUACGAGACGGAGUGGGAUUUGAUAAUGAUCGACGCGCCGAGAGGGUACUUCGCCGAAGUGCCAGGUAGGAUGGGUGCGAUUUUCUCGACGGCGGUCAUGGUGAGGAACAGGAAGGGAUCCGGUGUGACGCACGUGUUCCUGCACGAUGUUGAUCGGAGAGUAGAGAAGUCUUUUGCUGAAGAGUUUCUUUGUAGGAAGUACUUGGUUAAGGCUGUCGGGAGGCUCUGGCAUUUUGAGAUUCCAUCUGCGGCUAAUAACGCUAGUGUUGCUGGGAGUAACUCAGUUACUUUUUGCUGAGUUUAAUUU